CCAGCCGUGUAGCUUUCUCCCUUUGUCUCAUAACCAUGUCCACCAACGAGAAUGCUAAUUCACCAACUGCCCGCCUUAACAGAUUCAAGAACAAGGGGAAAGACAGUACAGAAAUGAGGUGGCGUCAAAUAGAAGUUAAUGUGGAGCUGAGGAAAGUUAAGAAGGAUGACCAGAUGCUGAAAAGGAGAAACAUAAGCUCAUUUCCCGAUGAUUCUACCUCUCCACUGAAGGAAAUCCCCAACAACCAGGGCGCUGUAAAUUGGUCUGUUGAUGACAUUGUCAAAGGCAUAAAUAGCAACCAUUUGGAAAGCCAGCUCCAGGCUACUCAAACUGCUAGGAAACUGCCUUCUCAGGAAAAGCAGACCCCCAUAGACAACAUAAUCUGGACUGGUUUGAUUCCAAAAUUUGUGUCCUUCUUGGGCAGAACAGACUGUAGUCCCAUUCAGUUUGAAUCUGCUUGGGCUCUCACUAACGUUGCUUCUGGGACAUCAGAACAGACCAAGGCUGUGGUAGAUGGAGGUGCUAGGCCAGCAUUCAUUUCUCUGUUGGCAUCUUCCCAUGCCCACAUCAGUGAACAAGCUGUAGGGGCUCUAGGAAACAUUGAAGGUGACGGUUCAGUUUUUCGAGACUUGGUUAUCAAGUACAGUGCAGCUGAUCCGCUUUUGGCUCUCCUUGUGGUUCCUGAUAUGUCUUCGUUAGCAUGUGGCUACUUACGUAACCUUACUUGGACACUUUCAAACCUUUGUCACAACAAGAAUCCUGCACCCCCGUUAGAUGCUGUCGAGCAGAUUCUUCCUACCUUAGUUCUUUACCUAUCUACCUUAGCAGAUACUUUCUACCUUCCUACCUUCCUAAUUCUCCUGCAUCACGAUGAUCCAGAAGUCUUGCCAGAUACCUGGGCCAUUUCCUACCUUACUGAUGGUCCAAAUGAAUGGACUGAAAUGGUUGUGAAAACAGGAAUUGUGCCCCAGCUUGUGAAGCUUCUAGGAGCUACUGAAUUGCCCAUUGUGACUUCUGCACUAAGAGCCAUAGGAAAUAUUGUCACUGGGACAGAUGAACAGACUCAGGGAAUAGAUGCAGGAGCACUUGCUAUCUUUCCCAGCCUGCUAAUGAAUCCCAAAACUAAUAUUCAGAAGGAAGCCAUGUGGACAACAUCAAACAUCACAGCUGGCCACCACGACCAGAUACAGCAAGUUGUGAAUCAUGGGUUAGUCCCAUUCUUCAUUGGUGUUCUCUCUAAGGCAGACUUUAAGACACAAAAGGAAGCUGUCUGGGCUGUGACCAACUAUACAAGUGGUGGGACAGUUGAACAGAUUGUAUACCUCGUUCAUUGUGGCAUAAUAGAACCAUUGAUGAACCUCUUAACUGCAAAGGAUACCGAAAUUAUUCUGGUUAUUCUGGAUGCUGUUUCAAACAUCAUUUAGGCUGCUGAGAAACUAGGUGGAACUGAGAAACUUGGUAUAAUGAUUGAAGAAUGUGAAGGUUUGGACAAAAUUGAGGCUCUCCAAAACCAUGAAAAUGAGUCUGUAUACAAAGCUUCAUUAAACUUGAUUGAGAAGUAUUUCUCUGUAGAGGAAGAGGAAGAUCAAAAUGGUCCAGAAACUACCUCUGAAGGCUAUACGUUCCAGGUUCAGGAUGGCACUCCUUUAACUUUUAGAUUAUACAGCUUAGGCAGAAAGUUGUUUGUUGUGUACUCUGGUAGAAGUUUGUCUUACUGUUUCUCUACUAAGAACUCUUUUUAA